AUGGCUGCGGGGCUCCCCGCCGCCCUCCAGCCCGGAAAAUUCCUCGCAUCGGGCAUCAGCCUCCACUCCCACCCGGGCUUUUCCCAUCUGCCUAACGGUCUCUACCCAUCGUACAUUCCCCUGAGCCACCUUGAACCUCCCAGUGCUGGCAGUCCGCUCCUGGCCCAGCUGGGACAGCACAGCCUCUUUGAGUCGCAGAAAGAUGGAUUCUACCUGUCCAGCCAUGCUGCAGGCCAGUCUGCUUUGCACCCGCAACCUCCCCUCUCAAGAACAGUGGGCAGCCACACAUCGAGCACUUUGCUCCGGGAAAAGGACCUUGGGCAGCUGCACAAGAGCUCGAAAGAAGGCCUGAAAGAGCCCGGUGGGAAGGAGCGAGCAUGCCGCAGCGAUCUGUCCCUGCCCUUUGCCAAGAAGGAGAGCAAGCCCAAGGAGGAGCCCCGACCCCGCAGUGUGGUUGACCUCACACAGGACACCAAGCCCGACAGCGACCGGAAAGUGAGCGUGGUGGAGAAGGCGGCGAAGGUCGGCGAGCAUCUCUCACCUUUCCUGGCCGAGCACAUGCCAAAUCGGGGCGCAGGCAGUGGGGAACCCAAGUCCAAGAACCCGCUGCAGAGCUCCUCCCUCAGCAACUGCAACAGCGGCGGGGACCCCCUGCUGAAGGUGCUGGGUGCCGAGCAGGACCGCUGUGCCAAGGAUCCCGCUCGGCACGAUGAGAACAUGAGGCCUUCUGCGCACGCCCACGCGGAGCGGCUGAAGCGGGGGGAGCCCCUCGUGCCCUCCGUGGGCGCUUUGCACAUCUCCUGUAGCUGUCCAUCCCCACACCCCUCGCAGACGGGGAAGAUGACGCCGGCCACAGCAUUCCCUCCGCAGCCCGUCCAUUCCAGCAUGUACACCAUCUUCCCGCCGGCCAAGGAGCUGGGGAGGGAGCACAAAGUAAUCGCCCCCACCUUCGUGCCUUCGGUCGAAGCCUACGACGAGAGGAGCGGGCCCAUCCAAAUCGCCUCCCAGGCCCGUGACAACAAGGGGAAGGACAAGGACCUCGGCAAGGUGGGGGUGCUGCAGUCACCCACGGAGCGGUGCCUUGCAGAUGCCUCCCGCACACUCUUGUCCCAGGACUUUUCUUGUCACAGUGAUGCCAAAAGGAUGGAGGUUCUGAGAGAGAAGGGUUCGGUGAUCAGGACGAACUCCAUGGCGCUGAAGAGACAGGUCACUUCAGAGCCCUUCCUCAACCGGCCGGGGCUGGGCUCUCCAGAGAGCAGGGAGUUCCUGGCCUCCAAGGAUUUGCUGAAGCUGAGUCCGGAGGCAGAGCAUCGCCCCUGCGAGCGGGACCGCUUCCAGCGCUCCAGCUCCAAAGAAGCAGCAAAGGUCUACGGCACUUUGGACUCUUCCCGGCAGCACCUGGACCAUGGUCAGCUGAAACCGCCCGAGCAGAAGUGGAAGCCCUUUGAGAUGGGCAACUUUGCCACCACGCAGAUGGCGGUGCUGGCUGCUCAGCACAACCACGUCAGCCGGGUGGAGGAGGAAGCCAAGAAGGUGUACCUAGACCCCAGCGGAUUGCCGCGCUCCUCGGUGGUGGGCUCACGGGGCGAUGUGCUGCACCCCGCCUCGCACAGCGAGGGCUCGGCCAUGCAGAGCCUCAUCAAGUACAGCGGCAGCUUUGCCAAGGAGACAGCGUCCCGGCAGAGCUGCGGCAAGAAGAGCCCCUUUGGGGGUUUGGGCAACGUGAAGUUGGACUCUGCACAGCUGGGAGCAUCCAAGGUGCAGCAGCUGCUGCUGCAGCAGCCUGCGAAGCAGCUAAAGAGGGACCCCGAGAGACCCGAGAGUGCCAAAUCCUUCGGCCGUGAGAGCAUCGGCUCCCAGGGCGAGGUGGAGGUGAGGCACUUGCCUGUUGGCAUUGCUGUGGCUGUGGCCAGGCAGAAGGACAACAGCAGCAGCAGCAGCAGCAGCAGCAAACUGGGGCCCAGCUUGGCAGACCGGGAUCGCUCACUGUCUCUCAGCAGCAUCAAAGGGCACGGACGCUCCGAAGAUGACUGUGGGGAUGAGAGGAGCCGCCACCGGGACAGCCACCUCCUGGCAGGGCGCUUGGAGCGGGAUCAGGAGAAGCUGCUCAGAGAAAGCAAGGAGCUGGCAGAUUUUGCCCGAAUCCACCCGUCCAGCUGCGCCACGAACGGUUUGAACUCCAACCUGAUGGUGACGGGAGGCCCAGCGCUGGCGGGCUCCGGGCGCUGGUCUGCAGACCCCGCCUCGCACCUGGCUGCCCAUAAGCAGGACUAUGUGGUUUGA